AUGGCUAGUGAGGAGAGUUUUUUAGUCUUGAUGCACUAUAGAGGGUUAAUUAAGAAAAAAAUACGUCCUGGUAUUAAGCUUACCGAUAAGGAUCCCCUCAGUAUUUCUCUGAAACCUACAACAAGCUUUGCUGAUUUCCUGAAUACUAUAAUACAGAAACUGGGGUUACAAGGCGUGAAACGGGUUAAGAUGUUAUUCUAUCUCAUUUCAAUCUCAGUUCUGCAAGAUGAUGUGAAAUACACUUUGUUUGUCAUAGGGACUGAUGAGGAUUUGAAGGUUCUGUUCCAUUGUCGUUGGCAGUUUCCAGAGGUCAGGAUACCUGAGCUGUUGGCAAAGCUUGUAGAUGGGGUCUCUAGCUCAGGUGGUUCAAACCGGAAUAUCCAAACUCUAGCAACGGCAGCCUGUUCUAGUUCGAGACCUGUUGUUGCAUCUUCAUCCGUGCCUGUGAUUGCACCUGUGGAAAUGGUGGUUGCCUCCCGGUCAUUCGCAAUUGAUCUCAAUCGCAGUGGUGUUGAAGAAGUUGGUAUUAUUGAUAGGGCGCCGAUUUCAUUACAGCGUGGGGUACCAAAUGGUAUAGAUGAUGCAUUGCCAGAUGAUGAUGAUGCUGAUGAUGUGGAGCCGGACAUCAUUGUCGAUGAUAGUGGUGAUGACAUAGCAUCGAGUAAUCCAGCUAGGGAUAGCGGAGUGUCCAGCUUAGGGACUCAGCAGUACCCCUGCGCUUUUCAUCUUUGGACUUGGAUACGAUGA